UCCUGUAUUUUGAUAACUAAAUUAUUUAUUAAAGGCAUUAUGUUUUUCAACUCAUUUUUCAUAAUCGUAUUUUCAGCCUUCCGCAUUUUCUCUUGGAGAGAUGGUAGUUCCACCAAUGGCGAAUGUCCUUAAAGUGUUUUUGGAGAACGGCCAAACGAAAUCCUUUAAAUAUGAUGCCUGGACGACUGUACAGGACGUCGUGACGUCCUUAGAAUCGAAACUCUGCCUUCAGGCUACCGAGCAUUUCAGUUUGGUCGUGGAACAUAUCAAAUCCCUGAAGAGGAACAAGUUAACCUUAUUGGAUCCACAGGAUCUUUUGGCAAGGAUAGCUUCAAGACCUGGGGCGCAUAAGCUCCGCUGUCUCUUCAGGGUAGCCUUCGUACCAGCCUCUGCAGCAGCUCUGGCUCAGAAAGAUCUUCAUGCCUUAGACUAUCUGUACACGCAAUGUUGCAAUGAUGUCAUUCAGGAAAGGUUCGCACCAGAACUACAGUAUGAUACUGCUUUAAGGCUAGCAGCACUUCAUAUUUAUCAGCAUGCCUUAGCCCAUAACGUCCAAGCUUCAAAAUUGACUGUUAAAACUGUAGAGAGGGAAUUUGGUUUGGAACGGUUUAUUCCAGCGUCACUUUUAGAAAAUAUAAAGAGAAAAGAAAUUCGAAAGUUGAUUGGACAUUUCUUAAAGCUGCAUUCGAGUAUGGCAGGUUUAGGUAAACAGCUCACACCACUUCAAGCGAAGCUGCACUAUUUAGAUAUCGUCGGCCAAUUGCCUAGCUAUGGCGCUAAGUGCUUCUCAGCUGGUCCUAGAGGCGAUACUAUGGAAAGAGUCAUUUUGGUCAGUCCAAAAUUCGGAAUUAGUCAAAUUACGGGUACUAGAAAGUCAGUUCCUAUUCCUAUUGCAAAUAUAGAAGAUAUGCGUUGUCUGGAAGUUAGAAGCGAAGAUGAAGUGACUAGAACAGUACUGAUCCAUCUCCAAAAUGAAAAAAUAGUACCAAUAUCUCUAGAAGAACGUGACGCUUGUGAAUUAACACUUGUUCUUCGGGGUUAUUUCAAGCUAGCAACAAAUCAGAAUCUUCCUGUAGAUCAAGAAGAACCACCUCAGAUUGAAGACCUGGCCCCGCCAUAUUUAUCUCAACAUAAAGUAGUGCCAGAGAAGUGGAGCUUCAUAGAUCAAAGUUGUUUAAAGACUUCAUGUUUUGCUGUGAUGCCUAUUUAUAAAAAUAUUAAUAAAAAGACUAACGGUUUGUAUAAUACUGUUGGUCGACAAUCUAAACAACCAUUGAUGAUUCAAUAUAGUUUAGAUAAUAAUAUGAAUAGGUCUAUAGCUGAUAGGAAUAGGUUCUUCAGUGUUGAUAAUGGAAAACCCAAUCAUGUUGAUAGUGAAGCUUAUGAAAAUGGAAUUCUUGAAGCUAGAAAUGACGAGAUAUUUAGAAGAGUUCAAGAAAUGCAACAGUUAGUAGAAUAUUCAGAGCAAUAUUUAACAGAGCAAGAAAAUUUAGAAAGACUGAAUUCAUUAGCAGAGUGGCAGGAAACGAGUGUGGAUGUUGAAAGUGACAAUGAUGAACCAGGAAAAUUAAAGCACAGUGACUCCUUGCUUCUUUUGAAUAAAGGGCACAGUGGUAUAGAAAGGCGGCAUUCUUUUACUAGUGCCGCCAUUGAAUUGUUAAGGCAAGAAACUGUUUGCUCAGAGAGCGAUAAUGAAUCUAUUUACACACCCAGCAAUUCGCCAAAGCAUAAACUUCUACCGAAUAAUUUGGACAACAAACUGAAUAGGGUGAGUUUCGGCUUAAGAAGUCCUGACGGUCAUACGGAAAAAGAGCAGGAUCUUCAAGCCUAUCUUCAAUAUCUUCGCGAGUCAAAGAAGAAUGAAGAUAAUAUAUCUAGUGGAGAUACUGAAUCUAUUAAUGAUAUGUAUAUUUUUGAUCCAGAUAUUAUAGAUCUGACGUUAUUACCCCCUCCUAGUACCCCAGAUGAAUUGGAUUGUGCCUUACCGACACCUAUUAAUGUUCCGCCCCGGUCUUUUGCGGAUUCGAUUGACAAAUUAAAUAAAUUAGGUAUUUUAGAUGAACAUCAAGAUCUCGAGGAUUUUUUAGCCAGCGUAACGGUCCUUCCUCCGACACAAAAAUUAACUCCAUCCGUAGAACUGACCCCCGAAGAGAUAAUGUCCUACAUUAUACCACCACCUCCAUUACAAAAUAGUACUGAAAACUUGACAAUAACUCAAAGGGAAUUCAUUCCUACUACUCAGUCUAGAGAUGUAGUCGAUGGAACUAGCGCUGUAAGCACGUCAAAAGUCAUAGAAUACGCUACAUUUGAAAGAAAGGGGCCUUUUUCAUGCUGUGCAAAAAAUAAGACUGAAAAAAAUUUGAAAGUAAAUGAAAAUAUUCAACCACUACCGAGACGUAGUUCAGAUGAAAAACCUCCCGAACGACCACCAAAAACUGUUGCACCAGAGAGGCAAAGGUCUCAUUCUUUGACUACUGGUAUCAUACCUGCCUGUGAUUUUCCACCACCAAAACUUCCUCCACGUGGAGAAAACAAUCACCAGCCUCCACCGCAUCUCUUUCUACCUCCAAAGAAGCCACCUUUACCCCCUGUACCCUCUUUAGAAGUGUUAAGACAAAAGAAAAGUGUACAGCAAAUGAAGGCCGCUAUAGAAACUAGAACGGCUAGUAUCGGAUCUCCGCUUUUUCAACGUAGCCGGAAUGUUUCUAAUGAUCUAGAAGCCAGUGCUGUAGGCACUGAAAACGGAAGUCCAUGUUUGAGGCACGCUACCGCUGUGAGUACUCCUACGUCACCACAUUUAGGACGAAACGCUCAUCUAAAAUUAGUUCCUGUACUAUUAGACUCACCAGAUUCUCCAAAAUUAUCAAGCACUCAACUACAAGAAACUUCUUUAGCUCGUUCGCCGAAUCAUAUUUCUAAUUCAUCCGACCUAUUUGAUCGCUUUCGGUCGAGCUUUAAAAGCUCUGAAGUUAAUGACAGCUUGCAGAAGCGUAAUGGUUGUACCUCUAACAGAGAAGAUUUGCUCCAGAAAACUGACUUGGCUAUGACAAAUUUAUUACUCAGAUUGGAUCAAGUGGCAGCACAAUGUACUGCUGCUCAAUUGCACGGAGGAGGAAGAUUGAUAAGUGAAGAAAAAUUUCAGGCGGCAAAGGAAGAGCUAACAUCGCAAUCUCUGCAGUUAGUAACGUCUAGUAAAAUGCUGGUAAUAGCGAUGUCAGACCCGAGCCUUCCUGAUCUCCCAGAAAAUCUGGCAAUAUGCCUGACGAUCCUCAGGCGGUUGACAGAGCUCUGUCAAGAUUUGACCAAUCACACGACUGCUCCUUUGCAGACUAGAAACCUUAUUCUUAAAGUUCACGAUGUCACGGCUGCUUUUCGUACGCUUUUGAACUCUAACAUUGACAGAAGUUCACAGAAGGCAAUUGAAGAUCAUCUGGCAUCGCAAGCGGAAUCUCUUGCUAAUGUAUUAGCUACAUUGCUGCGGAGUUUAAGGGUAUUUUCGCCUUGAAUCUCGUAGGUUUUUUAUUGUUAGGUAGAUUAAUAAGUUUAUAGAUUUAUACCUGUGUUUUGUUUUGAUUUUUAUUUAACGAAUGUUUUUCGUGAGUUACAGGAUAUUGAAUUGAGAUUUAAAAAAAAAUUGAAUAUACUUGGUUUUCCCAGUUAAGUGAAGUAACGCUUUAUGUACAAAGAUAAACCUAAUUAAUAUUAUACUUAAAACUUAAGACUUCGUUUUAAUAGUAAAAAGUACAGUUGCGUCACAGUUAUAAUAUACGCGAUGGCGUCGUCAUAAUCAGCGUCUAACUUGUACAUUUGAUGGCGUAACUCUUAUAAAUUUGAAGGUUAGUAUGUAAAAAACAAAAAUCGUUUUUCUAUUCGCUGGUUUGUGAUGAUUUACCGUUCUUUGCAGUUUUAUCUGAUGACCUCUAUACCUUCCUUAGAAACCGGAAGAGGUCACCGUAGUAGUUUACAAACCGUAGAUUAAAUGACAAAAUUAAACAUAGGGGAACCUGUUGUGCCUCGGAGUCAUUUUGUUUCUUUAUUUUGUUUAAGUUCACCUAUUACCUUUCGUUGUAUAAUAUGUACUGUUAAACAUAUCAUAUAUUUUUUUGAUAAAAAUAAAUUAUUUAUUUCGAAAAAUAACAUUAAAAAAAUACAUGUUGUCCAAGGUACAACAGGGAUGAUGUUCCUAGGACACAGGCAAGAUGUACGUACCUUGGACAUAUAUUUUAUUAGUAUGUAAUACUAUACUUUUAAUGCAGUAACCAAAAGUUCUGUUGAGUAUCAUCAUUUCCUUAACCUUGCAAAUGUCUCGUUUCGAAUGACUUUUCUUAGGGGAAGAGAUACCCAGCUAGCACAAAAACAUCCCAUCUACGUUAAUAAGCUGCAAUUUUAGGCUCUUUAAGCUCGCAUGCAAUGUACUGUAAAUGUAAGCCUUAUCUCCCUGUAACUACCGAAUGUCCGCAACGGCAAGACUUUUAUAGCACAUCUCACAGAAGUUACAAAGUGAAGUUCGAAAAACAUCACACUAGCACUUUUACGGUACUUACCCCGAAAGUUGCUCUGAAACGUUCUAUUGAUGUUAUAAUGUGAAUUAGAUCUACAGCAUUAUACAGUGUGUCCACGGAUGGGCUUAACUAUACUUGUGAAAAUAUUUAUUUUAAAUUAAAAAAGUAAUUCUUCAUAAUUUCUUACUUGUUAAAUAAAUUCGAUUCACAUUGAGAAAUUAUGAAAAAUAACUUUUUCUUUAAUUUAAAAUAAAUAUUUUUACAAGUAUAAUUAAGUCCAUCCGUGGACACACAUUGUGUAAUGUAAUACAGAGAGGCUGAAAUUGAGGCUAUAGUAAAAUCUCAAUCGAGACAUGAAAAUUUCAAAUAAAACAAAAUAUUUAUAUAAAUUUAUUAUUAAAAUGUUCUUGAAAUCAAGUACCAAUAGCACAAAAGUAGAGGUAGGUGUAGGAGUGUUCUUUUAUUCAGUGCUGUAUCCAGCGCUUGCAGCAAACCGUUCGUUCACCAAUGAGCCAAGGCAUCCAUCGGCUUUAAAAGCCGAUGGAUAUGUGAUAGACGAAUGGUGAGGAUAAUCAAUCAUUUAAGUUAACCUAAAAUAUAAGAGUUCAAAUAUAAAACGACUGCAGAAUAGAUAAAUUACAUCAAUCACUGAUGGAACAAUUAUUGAAUAAAAGAACACACCUUAUAUCACAAACACAAGUGGGAUAGAAGAAGCUACCUAGAAAGCACUGAACGAUUGGACAAAAUUAGCUAAAUAGUAUAAUAAGGUACCAAUAUUGCAAAGGUUCACUAAAACCUUAAAUGGUGAAUGAUGAUAAAGCUAGAUUGGUGAAAAAUAAUAAACGAAUACAACAAUGACUAGGUACAUAUUAUUAUAUUAGAUUACUAGAGGAUAGCUAAGUUCGCUGAUUUCUUACCUAAGACGCAGAGAUAUAUCUUUUUUAAAUCAAGCCUUUUAACUUUUUUUGCAUAGAUAUUUAUAAAGUGCUAUAAUGUAACCUAACUAUGACAAUUUAUUAGAAGAGCAUAAAUUAUAUUUUUAUAUAAAAAGAUUUUACUUCUCAAUACAUUGAAUAAAAAAGAAAUUGAUAACUUGUUUACCUAUUAUUAAUUCAAGGAAAUUAUAUAGAAAUUAAAAAAUAUGCCUUACUUUGUUGUUUUAAAUAAAACAACCAAUGUUAGUGCAUUGAAAUUUGUUUGAAUUUUACAAAUUUUAUGCUUGAUUUCCAAAGUAGAUAUAUCGAUGGCUCAAUCAAAAAACGCCACAAGUUAAAAAACAAAGCAAUUACAUUUUUGGUUCAAUGGAUGCAAAAUAUCAUUACGGUUUUACUUUAAAUACCACCACGAACAAAAAUAUCCUUAAAGAUAAAUCAUUUAAAAUGUAGCCACAUACUGUGUCUAAAACUGCCUCAAUUCGAGUUAUUUUCUUCAAAAACACCCAAAUUUUUUACAACUAUGCAACAACUCACUUUUAUAAUCGUAAUCAUUUUAUUUAACAGCAAAAUAUCGAAGCUUUUAAAUAAAAUAUAAAGAGUAUGUCAAAAACAAAAUAAUGAUAAUAGAGACUUACAAAAUUUCAAAAUGAAAUUUCUCAAAAUAAUAGUAUUUUAGUUGUGGCAGUAUUUGAUUGAGCCAUCGAUAUGUAGAUUUUAUAAAAAACAACUGGUGUUUUUUAGCAAGAUAUUCUAUUAUACUCGAGAGUAUCAUCUAUGAUUUCUCUCAACUUUUCUGCUGGGUUUUCACUUGAACUGAUGUUGCAUUUCCAGGCAAUCUAGCCUGUUGAAGAGAAUGAACUGCUUGAAUUCUAAUAUACCUGACAUAUCAUGUACCUAUAGAUUCACUUUUUAUAAAACUUCAGGUGUUAUAUUCUUCUUUACACUUCUGUAGUAUUUACUUUUGCUUCUAAAAUUCCUAGAAUGUCAAAGGAAACCUAAAAAAUAAUAUUUUUAAAAUGUAUUUUUAGUUCGAUAAAGUAUAAUUACCUUUUAUAAGUAUUUGGUGUAAAAUGUUGCCGGACAUUCGGUUAAAUGUUUAUCUUCUGGUUUACAACGAUUGAUCUGCAAUUAUUUGUUUUUAUUGUAGUUUUUUUUUAUUUGGUGUCAUCGGCAUCGACUGCUAAAGAUACUUAAUGAAUGAAAUAAUAAAUUUACAUCAGGCAUUGUAAUC